GAAGAAGAUGGGGGCUCGAGGUUCGAACCGACCCUUCCCUAGCAAGAGUGAGGGGAUAGACGGGACGUGCCAGGUUUGCGGCGACCCCACCCUCCCGGCCGUGCUGGCCCUCUCCCCAAUGCCCCUAACCUCCCAGGAUUGAAACUCGAGGACCUGCCUCGCCGAGUGGGAGGAACCAACUCUUUCCAUACCUGUCAGCGGGAGCCGAGAGCCCAGCCCGGCCGCCUGGAGCGCAGAGAAGCUAGCCGGGCCCCAAGCGGCCCUGCUCGGGGCAGCACCGGAGCGGGCCGGGCAGCAGUGGGCGCUCGCGUUCCUCCUCUGCCCCACGCGCUCUCCCUCAGGACCCGGCCUCCUCGGUCCCCUCCUCCUGCUCCUGCUCCUCCUCCUGCUCCUCCCCUUCGCGGGUCUGAUCUCCUAGCCUCGCGUCUGCAAAGUCCCCGGCGCGCGGGCAGCCACGAACCGCCGCCACUGCCGGGUCGCAGUGGGUGCCGGCGCCCGUGCCUCACCGCCUGCGCAGGGUCGUGCCGAAGCUCACUCCGCCGGCCGCCGGAGCUCCACGGCGCUGCCCAUGGCCCAGCCCGAGAGCCGACUUCGGGCCCCGGACCGGCUAGAAGGUGGCGCGGCUCAGCAGAGUCAGGAGGUUCGCUCCUGCCCAACGCUUCUCCCUAGGAUCGUGCGGGGCAGCAGGACCGCAAAGCGCAGCGAAGCCCAGUAAUCGGAGGCCUGCGACACCCAUGUGUCACUGAUCUGGAAGCAUCCCCCUGCGGCAGCGCUUCAUGAUCCAGUGGCGCCCGGCCCAGUGAAGCCACCGUGGUGUCCAGCAUGGCCGCGCUGCUCCUGGGCGCGGUGAUGCUGGCGGUCCAGCUCCAGCCAGUGCCUUCCCGCCCCGCCGUGUACGGGGCGGAGCCGGGCCAGCAGGAGCUCGUGGGGAAAGCAGCCACCCUCCAGGGCGAGGUCCCGGAGGGCGCGGCCCCCAACGGCUCUGCCCAGCAGCUCCCGCAGACCAUCAUCAUCGGCGUGCGCAAGGGCGGCACCCGCGCGCUGCUGGAGAUGCUCAGCCUGCACCCCGACGUGGCGGCCGCGGAGAACGAGGUGCACUUCUUCGACUGGGAGGAGCAUUACAGCCAAGGCCUGGGCUGGUACCUCCGCCAGAUGCCCUUCUCCUCCCCGCACCAGCUCACGGUGGAAAAGACCCCCGCGUACUUCACGUCGCCCAAAGUGCCUGAGCGGGUGCACAGCAUGAACCCGUCCAUCCGGCUGCUGCUCAUCCUGCGGGACCCGUCGGAGCGCGUGCUGUCCGACUACACCCAAGUGUUCUACAACCACGUGCAGAAGCACAAGCCCUACCCGUCCAUCGAGGAGUUCCUGGUGCGCGACGGCCGGCUCAACGUGGACUACAAGGCCCUCAACCGCAGCCUGUACCACGUGCACAUGCACAACUGGCUGCGCUUCUUCCCGCUGCGCCGCAUCCACAUCGUCGACGGCGACCGCCUCAUCAGGGACCCUUUCCCCGAGAUCCAGAAGGUCGAGAGGUUCCUGAAGCUGUCGCCGCAGAUCAACGCCUCGAACUUCUACUUUAACAAAACCAAGGGGUUUUACUGCCUGCGGGACGGCGGCCGGGACCGCUGCUUACACGAGUCCAAAGGCCGGGCGCACCCCCAAAUCGACCCCAAACUCCUCAAUAAACUGCACGAAUAUUUCCACGAGCCAAAUAAGAAAUUCUUCGAGCUUGUCGGCAGAACAUUUGACUGGCACUGAUUUGCAAUAAGCUAGGCUCGGAACAUUUCCUGUUGUAAGUUCUGAUGUACAUCUGGGGAGGGGGGAAACAAAGAAUUUUAAAAGGGCGUUUAAGCUAUAAUUUAUUUGUAAAAUCCAUAAAUUACUUCUGUACAGUAUUAGAUUCACAAUUGCCAUAUAUACUAGUUAUAUUUUUCUACUUGUUAAAUCGAGGGCAUUUUGUAUUGUUUUUCAUGGAUGUUAACAUUGUGUAAUAUGUCUCUAUAUGAAGGAACUAAAAUAUUUCACUGCUAAAAAAAAAUCUGGAGAUGCUCCCUUUUUUUUUUUGAUGGUAAUUAACUUGCCCCCAACUCAAAA